AUGGCUGAACCACGCGCACGUGCGCGAGUCAAAGGCCAGCCAAUAUUCACACACACCGAUCUUCAACAACUCCUCUACGCUUUCGGCGACUCCUCCUCCCCAUUACAAUUAACCGUCACCACCCUCGAAGAGAUCCUCACAGACUUCAUCAUCGAAACCYGCCACGCCGCCGCCCUCUGCGCAUCAUACUCGCGACGCCAAAAGAUCAAAGUCGAUGAUUUCCGCUGGGUGCUGYGCAAGAACCCCCAAUUACUCGGCCGUGUGAGCGAGUACAUGUUCCGCGAGAAAUACAUGAAGAAUGCGCGGAAAGCCGUCGACUUCGAUGCUAUGGGCAAGGAGAGUGCGAGCGAUCUGCUGGAUUUGGCGGAUGUAGGUGGAGCGGGUAAAGGCGAUUUCGAGGCCGGGAAGAAGGGACGGGGCAGGAAGAAGAAGCGCAAGGCGGAGGAUGACGAGGACGAGGUUGGUGGAGGAGGUAAGAGGGUCUCUAUGGGUUUGUGA